AUGGAUAUGGGUGGUCUGCAAAACAUUGUGGCCAACUCGGCCUAUGUGUCAGCCCGUGGUAUUGUCGAUGGCAUGGCGGCGUCGACCAUGCGUGACAAGAAGUUUCGUACCAAGCUCAACCUCCCGCACAUCAAGAAGAGCGAGCACAUGAAGACCACGGUGGACUCCGGCUUCGACAGCAUGUGUGUCAAGCAGCCCAUUGGCAAGCGGCUCUUCCAGCAGUACCUGGAGCGUGAUGCAACCCACAAGAAUGCCUGUGAACUCUGGAAGGACAUCGAGGAUUACAACAUCACCCAGGAGAAGUACCGGGUGUAGAAGGCCCAGAAGAUCAUCAACAAGUUCUACGAAUCCAAGUCCAAGAUCUUUUGCAGCUUCCUGGAGGAGAAGGCUGUGACACGCGUCAAGGAGGACCACAAGAACAUCCGCGGAGACCUGUUCAAGGACAGCGAGCAGCAGCUUUUAAAGCACCUGGAGGCCAAGGCUAUGUCCGGCUUUAAGAACAGCAUGUACUUCCUGCGUUACAUCCAGUUCAAGUGGUUGGAAGCCCAGCCCAUUGAUGAGGACUGGUUAAUGGACUUCAGAGUGCUGGAGAAGGGAGGGUUUGGGGAGGUACACGCCUGCCAGAUGAAGGCCACAGGCAAGAUGUAUGCCAACAAAAAGCUGGACAAAGAAACAUAAAGGCUGAAGAAACAAAAAGGCUACGAGGGAGCGAUCGUGGAGAAACGUAUUCUGGCAAAGUUGCACAGUCGUUUUAUCUUAUCGCUGGUGUAUGCCUUCCAGACCAAGACUAACCUCUGCCUAGUUAUGACCAUCAUGAACGGAGGACACACGCAAAGACACAUAUACAACGUGGACGAGAAGAACCCUGGUUUCUCGGAGACGAGAGCUUGUUUCUACUCAGCCCAGAUCAUCGUGGGUAUGGAGCAUCUUCACCAGCACAGGAUCAUUGACAGGGAUCUGAAACCAGAGAAUGUGCUGCUGGAUGAUGCAGGACAUGUGCGUCUGUCUGAUUUGGGUCUUGCUGUUGAGCUUCCGCCUGAAAAAGACAAAACUAAAGGAUAUGCAGGCACAGCAGGCUUCAUGGCUCCGGAGCUGAUUGAGCAUAAAGAGUAUGACUACACUGUGGACUAUUUUACCCUGGGGGUCACCCUGUAUGAGACGAUCCAGGCCAAGGGCCCCUUCAGAACCAGAGGAGAGAAGGUAAUAAUGGAACUGUGUAAAACACGGUGAAUCUUAAAUGAUGCAGUGGCGCUCACAGACAAGUUCUGCAAAAACGGCAAGGCUAUCUGUGAAGGCCUGAUGGAAAAAGAUCCGGUAAAGCGUCUCGGCUUUAAGAACAACUCCAAUGCCUCCCACAAUUAUGUCAAGUUGGCUGGAUGCAUGCUGCCCGCACCGUUCGUUCCAAACCCCAAGGCGGUGUAUGCCAAAGACAUCCACAAAGUGGGAGCCUUUAGCUCCAUCAAGGGGGUGGUCAUCGAUGCCAAGGACAAUGAGUUCAAUGACGACUUCUCUUCUGGCAACGUGCCCAUCCCCUGGCAGGAGGAGAUGAUAGAGACAGGGGUGUUUGGAGAGCUCAACCUCUGGGCGCCAGGGGGCAAUCUGCCUGACAACCUGGACCCCAACAAAAUUCCUAUAGAGUCCAAGGGAGGGGCCUGUGUGCUGUUCUGA